UCCUUUUAUUUACAGGGUUUGCAGUUGCAGACAGUAGUAACUGGUGUUCCUUGAAACGAUGAUAGUACUCAUGUCGGUGUUGCCAUUUCCACUCUCCAAUAGACUAUCCACACAAACCCACAAUCUGAAUUCGCAUAACCGUUUUCCUUCUUCCUUCACUUUCCACACAUCGUUCCCCAACAAAACCGUAGUCUUUGGUAUCAAUCCCAGCGACUCCAAAGACCCUUCUUUCUUCGACGAAAAUGGCGUCGUCAACGACAUGGAGGGUUACCUCAACCACCUCUCCCUCGAAUACGAUUCUGUUUGGGACACCAAACCCUCUUGGUGUCAACCCUGGACAAUAGCGCUCACGGGGCUUGCAGUUAUUGCCAUUAGUUGGUUGAUUUUGAAUUCUCUCUUAGUCACUUCCUUUGUAUCGUCGCUAAUAUUUGCAUGGUGGUACAUUUUCCUCUAUUCUUAUCCCAAGAAGGACUUACGGAAAAACUCAUCCAAACACACUACAUGUUCUACAUGGCAUAUUCAGAGAUGAUUGCUGAGCGCAGAGAAAGAGUUACAAAUGGUGUUGAAGACACAUUUGGUCAAGGGAAGAAUCAGUGAUUCGUAUUAUUCUUACCCCAACUGUAUCCAUCUUUUACGCCUUCUUUUCUUGCUCUGUGUAUCUGCUUGUAUUUGUAUAUUCAAUUACUGAGUAGUCGUUGUGUUACUGCCAAUUGGCUUGGAGAUAACAGAGUGAUGUACAAGUCUUGAAAACUAACACUCUGUAUAAUAAAUAUUUGACCUUGUCUUCUCACACUGGACGCGCAUGCGUAUGGAACUUAUGAUUUGGUUUGGUUGAAUUGAAUUAGAGGAUUGUUCCCUCAAUCUUUGAAAAUA